AUGCAGCGCUCUAAAUUUAAGGGUGGUGACAGGAGUAAAGGACAAACUCCACGGCGGCUGGAUUCCGAUGGAAGUGGCUCUGUGGUCUCCCUACAGUCAUCCUCUUCAGAUGAUGGCAAAUUUCCAGGCAACCAGAUUUCCGAGGGUGUGAAUCGUCCACCAGUGUUCCAAGUGGAUUCUUCUGAUGAAAUUGGUACACAGAGGUUUUCAAUGAACAGAGGAGGUGAUGACUCGGCUCGAAAAAAUUUAGAUAAACUCCAGCAGAAGUUGAGCACACAGCCAACCCAUGAUACCUUGGAUGAGAUAAUUUCAACCAUGAAACACCAUGGUGGUAUUAAGGAUCCUUCAGCUGCUGGUAUGUCCUUUCCUUUGCAAAGUGAUUCAGCUGUUGGAGGAAAAGCAUACACAUCGGCACAGUCCUAUUCAGGUAGCUUAGGGUGGAAUUCAUCAACACCUUUGCAAAUGAGGUAAGUAAAUUAAUAAGGUUAUAACUAACUUUACCUGAGUUAGAUCUUACACAGUACUCUCUCUCUCUCUCUCUCUCUCUCUGCCUAUUUUAGUAACAUAUUUUAUUCCAUUGGCCUCUUGCACAUCUCCCAUAAUAUAUCUGGUUUACCUUACCCAAAUUUUGCAUAAGUACUAUGUAUUGACAGUCUUUAAUUUCUCUUGGGACAACUGUGAAACCAACAAGAAAUUAAAAACAAAGGUUAUCCAAAAUUUUUAAGGGAAAACAAGUUGCAUUAUUGAAGAUAUAUGUCGCAGUUAAUUUUUUUAUUUUGUUAUUGUUUUUGGGUAUGAUAAUGUAUGCUAAUGAAUUUUAAACAAAAGAAAAACAAAAACUAACUGCAACAUAUACAAAUGGUCAUUGAAUGCUCAACCCGAUAAAUGUGUCAGUGCAAAGAGCAAAAUUAUGCAACUGAAAAUAAGAAAAAUAGAGGGAGUGAAAUUGAAUCUCUGUUUCUUGAGAUUACUAUUUCUAACUUGCCCAGUUUCUAUCCUUACCCUCCUACAGUGAAACCUCAAUAUAACGAAGGGUUGAGGGACUGGGGAAAUUUGUUCACAAUAACAGUGCUUUGUUAUAUCAAGGUUCUUUUUAAUAUAUUUUAUUAUUAGUGGGGCGAAGAAAAUCAUUUAUUAUUCCAAGGAGCUGGGACUUGUCAUAUUGAGGUUCCACUGCAUAUGCUUUGUGCUCAUGCUCAUCUUUCUUGUAGCCUGUAUGGCAGGGAUUCGAAAUAGAAGGGGAAGGGAAUUGGGAACUAGACCACACUCUAGCACACCUUUUGCAUUUCUCACACCUUGGAGUCUCCUUUCCUUUCCUUUUCAAAUGCUUGCCACACAGGCUAUAUGUUAAAAAAAAAAAAGGUUAAAGGCAUGUUUAUAGUGGAAGGUGCACUUAGCUAGUCAGCUAAUUUACAGGCACUCCACUCAAAUAUUUAGAAACAAAUAAUUCAAAUACAACAUAACAGGAUUAAAAACCCCAACUGGCAGAAGGCAACCAGUUGGCUAUUUACAAGCAUGGCCGAGAAUUUGAACUCGGAAUGACCGAGCACAAAUCCAGCAAGUGGCCAGAGCGGGACUCGAACCCGGGACUGCCGGAUUGCGAGUCCGACGCGCUGACCACUCGGCCAUGCUGCCUCCCAUAUGUGAAGCUUAAACUCUCUUAUUGUUUACGUACAAAGCAUUAUUUUUACUACUUUGGAGAUACAAGAUAAUUGUAGGUUAACUGCCAGUAAACCUUCUUUGUUGAAAAGGUUAUUCUUAGUAUGUGUUAACCUAUUUUAGAUUUGGCAAUAACUAUAUUUUUAAAAUUGAUCUCCUUUUAGUGGCCACCAGAAAUUUGGCGAGAAACAUACAAGACAACUCAAGGACAUAACAACACACUUUGAAUCUGCAAUAGACAAGAUUCGCGACCAAUUGAAUGGUGUGGGAAAUAACCUGUCAGCUCUGCAAGAUGCAUUGCCUGUCAAGAUGCUUGAAGCUGCUAAUCAUAAAUUGGAAGCAAGGUGUAAUGUUCUAGAACAAGUUUGCGAACAGAUGAAAAAUAAAUCAGCCAGGCUGGAACAAUCCAACCAUGACCUUGAUAGCAACUGUGCACAGUUACGACAAUUUAAUCAGAAUCUUGAGGUCCGCUGCUUAUAUCUGGAACAAGUUUCACAGGCAAAUGAGAAAGAGAAAGCUCACUUACAAGAAAAUUGUCGAGAUCUUGAAGCAAAGGUUGUGGAGCUUGCUGCAAGUAAUGAGAAAGCAAUCGGAGCUUGUUGUCAACUUGAAGAACUUAACCAGAAGUCUGAGAAUAAGCAUCAGGAGGUGGAAGAGUCCAAAAAGCUUCUGGAAUCACAAUACAAAUCUUGCGUAGUGGAUAAUCAAAAGCUUGAGGCCCAGAUUGGACAAUGCCAAAAAACUUUGGAGCAAUACAAAAAGUAAGGCAUACAGUCAUGCUAGGUCAAGUGCACCCCAUAGAUUCCAUUUAUGAAUUCAUUAUUAGAAAAUUGAACCCAUUAGUCGUUGCUGCAACCAGCGUCAAUUCAAAUCUGCAUUCCUGCAUGUGUAAUGAGCAGUGGAUUUUUUACGAAAACCUCUCUGUAUUUGGUGGGAUUGAAAAAUCUUUGAGUGGGUGCAACUGCUUUGAAGACAUCUACAUCAAAUUCAAGAAGACUGAGCUGGUGGAAAUAAUUAUUUCAUAACUACCUUGCAUUGGAAUUCACUGUUCAUUACUUAGGUAUGCAGGAAUGGAAUCUUGGGGGGUUUGCUUGACCUAAAUUGAUUUUUGCGAAAUGGCAGGAGAUGUUAAGGGCUGUGUUUCAACAAAGUAAUAUUAGUAAGUUCAAACUUCCUCUAGCUCUGGCAAGUAAGGUCAUAGAAAGCAUUUGAAAAAAUGCCAUAGAUUGGAUCCUUAUUAUAUUAUAUUUUUAAAAUUUCUCAACUCAUGCCAAAUAUAAAAUUUGUUUUAUAAUGUAAGCUGUGUCUUGGAGCAGAGGAAAUGCCAAAAAAAUGCAGUGAACAAAGAUGAACACUGAUGUAAAGUUGUAAUAAUUUGAGUGACAAGUGGAGUUGAUGUUGAGAUUCAAAUAAAUAUUCUUGGAUUUAAUGUAAUUUUACCUUUAUCUCAAAUUCAUCAAUGCAUAUUCAUUAUCACAUCCAAAAGCUAGAAAAAAUUAAACUGUGGAUUAAAUUAGGCCCGCAACAUCGACCUGUUGUCAGAGUUGUAAUUGUAAUUUGUUGUAUUUUGUUUGUAAUUUGUUAACCAACGAAGCUCGUAGGUCAGAGUUCUUAAGAAGUCGUUGAAACUUUUCUGUGCAUUCCAAUUGAAUUGGAAUUUGGAAGUGUUGGUUUUUAAGGAGAGGGGAAAACCAUAGUACCUGGAGAAAACCCUCUCAAAGCAAGGGAGAGAACCAACAACAAACUCAAGCCACAUUAUGGCGUCAGUAAUGCCAGGAGUCGCACCUGGGCCACAUUGGUGGGAGGCGAGUACUCUCACCACUACACCACCCUUGCUCCAAAUAAUUAGUUUAAUAUUAUUAUAUUAUAAAAUCACAAUACACAAAUAAAUUUGACUUUGAUUGACUUCUGCUCAGGCAACUGAAAUGUCAGGUCACAGUUAUUAAAACUAGUCUUAUUCAGAACUACACUUACCUGGACAACAACAGUCAACCUGUUCACAAAAACUAAUCAUUGUUUUUGUAAAUGUGUAGGAAAUUUAGAGACUUUGAGGAGGCAAUUAACACAUCAAAAAGAGAAAAGGUAUGUUCUGAAUACCUUUUUUAGAUGUGAAUUUAACGUCCAAAUAUUUCUUCAAGGGCUGAUUGUUCAAAGUGCUCUCUUGCAUUGCGAGGUUGAAAACCCUAAAAACAAAAUUCCUCUACAAAAAGGAAAUACAAACACUUAAAAUCCUUUCUAAGCUGUUUGCGAGCAUGAGCAAAGAAGUUAAUUUGGGGCUGCUUGGACAACCUCAGUGUUAGGGCGCUUUCCAUUUGUCAGAACUGACCGGCCAAACCAUUCCCGUUGCAAUGAUAAUUUCCCUUUUAAUCAAAACUCUCUAGCCAGAUCAGUCACAUCCUAAAUAGUAUGCACUGAGGAGAUGGUUUUUCAGCAAAAACUCUUGGAAAAAGCCUAUUUCAUUAUCAAACUGACUGGUUGGACAAUGGCCUGGCUGGUCAGUUCUGACAAAUGGAAAGCGCCCUUAGUAACUGGAAAGUAUCAGAGUGUAAAUGCCAGUGCAGUGGAUUUCAACACCAUAAUCAAAGAGUUCCCACUUGUUUUGAGUGUUAGGGGUCCAUAGGACCUCCAGUCCCAAGAAAUUGAAAGUCGUUUUUGCUUUUAAAAGGUUCCAGACCAUGUGUAUGUAUUAGGUAUAAGAGUGUGGGAAGGGGGAAUUUGUGGUCUACAAUUUCUUCUUUUGCUAUAAACAGAACCAUUUUUACUUGAGCUUUCAAAGUAUAGUCAUACUUGAUGUGUCUGCCACAUGUUACAUGACCUUUUUCCCAAUUGACCAAGAUCUAAGGCCCAUUGCUGAAAAGAAGUUGCAUCAUGUACAAAUCAUUGGGAUGGUUUUGCCUAACAUCUGUAUGUCUCAAGACGUGUUUUGCAUUUUCAUGUGGUCAUCAGUGGAAACUUGCAUUAACCAUAAAAAUUCUUCAAGCAAUUUGGACUUGAAGACAUGCUUUUUGAGGAUCUACAUCAGUUUUUCUUUUGUGUCAUAUAGGCAAAGCAUGUGUUUGUUUGUUUUUUUUCAUCAUUGAGGGCUGUGUUUUCUAGGUGGGCAUAAUUAUUCCCUGAGUAGACAAAAUGGGGGAUUGAUAUGGGGAUUUCCAAAAUGAUUGAAAAGAUGUAUGGGUGUAGUGACCAGUCAUUGUGUAUCCCUGGAACUCUUGGGCUCAAAGAAAUGUGUGUCCUUUUUUUUUUUAUUUUUGUGCAAAAUAUGCUCACAUGUGCAUUGAUGAGAACCUUGCUUGAUUCAACCAGUCCUGUAAUUUUCUUUCAACAAAUAUCUACCACUGACCAUCAGUCUACGCCACUUUUUUAAAAUUUAAAUUGAAUUUAAAAUACAUUUUCUACAGUAUAGGGAACAAAUCUACUUGCAGAUUUUCUGUGAUUUUCUGUCAGAACACUUUGCCUCCCCCCACCACUGCCCUUCUCAUCCCAGUCAAGGAACGUGAAAAAAGACUAGAAGAAAAUUGCCUCAGGUUAGGUGGGAAACAAUGAAAAAUGAGGUUGUUGGGAUGUAUUUAUUGAAGUCAGGAUAGUUGCUAAGAUAUAAUUAUAUUUUUCUAUGUUUAAACAAGGAAAGCUUAGCUAUGAAGCUAGAAUUUUUGAACAAAGGGCUCACUCAGGUCAAACAGAAGUAUGAAGAAUUGAAGUCCAUGUGUGCUGCAAAGGACGAGCUGAUUACCAGGCUGGAAAAUGAGAUGAGGGAACUGUCUGUGUUUGUGGAAAAAACAAUCAAGGUAUUUUAAGUUGUCAAAAAAAAAUCUUAAACACCUGCAAGCUUGUAUUAGGCACUUAAGUCAUUAUUUUUUUUUAUUUAAAGUACUAAUAGUAAUAAAACUGAUUUCAGUGGUAGCAUGUAUGCUAAUGUAUAUUUUGCAUCGUUUUCCUUAGUAAUAUUUCCUGUCAGUGUGCUCCUACUGUGGAUGGUUUCUCCUAAAAUUUUCUGCACUAUUGCUAUGGGAUUUUUUAUUGAGCCAAAACCAAAUGCGCGAUUGCAUGCAUUUUAGACAUCCUACUGAUGAAUGGUUAUUAUAAUUAGUAGUUAAAUAAUAAUUACGGGAGCAAUUGUGUCAUUUUUUUUAUAGUCUGCCCCUUUGAAAUAUCCCAAUAAAAUUUGAAUUUGGAGGAAAAAAUACUCGUAAAAAACUGGAUUAUAACUGGAGUAUAACUACAACUGGAGUAGCCAGAGAAAACCCAAGAGCAAGGACCAAUAAUAAACUAAGCUCAAACCACAUAAGUGACCGGCACCUCUGGGAUUCAAUGACAUGGGCAUGUUGGUGGGGGCAAGUACUCUCACAAAGCUUGAUUUUGGGAUGUAUGCUUGACUUUUUGAGGCUGCAUGUUAAAAAAAAAUUAACAUACUGAUUUUUUCAAGCACUUGACAUUGAAGGAAUUUGAAAGCAUACAGUUUUGGCAAUUUUAAUAAUAUUUAUAUAGCCAGUAAGUUUAUAUGUGACAAGUGAUUGAAGCAUGAUACUGUAUACAGCUGACAUUCUAACCAAGAGUAUUAAGUACCGGUACAAGUACAUUUUACAUAAUGCCAAACAUUCAAAACUAUGGGUUGGCAAAAUCAAUUAAUUUAAGACCUUUUUUUGUUCCGGUGUUGUUUCAAUUUAUUACUGGCUUUUAUUAGGGGGUGGAAACACCAGUUUUUAUUACAGUCAAACCUCUCCACAAUGGCCAGCUUGGGGACAGAAGAAAGUGGCCGUUGUAGAUGGGGGCGGUUAUGGGGAGGAAAGGGUGUAAUAUGACAAAUUCGUUUUAGGGAGCGCAAUUAUUGCUAAGUUCAUGCUUGUAAGUACUGCCCUGUAAACAUGUAAAUUUGCUACUUUUUAUUUAUUAAAAAAAAUCACAUGGAAUCUAUUUUAUUUAUUCCGAGGAAUUUUUUUUUCUUUCAAUUUAGCCUGUGUAAUUUUUUUUCUUCUUUGCUUUUUACUUGCAAUAAAAUAGAAUAAAACAAAAAGUUCAUGCUUGCUGUAUCCCAUAGUGGUAUUCCAGUCACAUAUAAUACCAUAAAAUUCCGAAAAUAAGCCCCUCCAAAUAUAAGCCUCCCAAACCGGUAACGCAAAAAACCCUCCAUUAAAUCGCCUCUCCAAAUAUAAGCCCCCCAGGGGCGUGUACUUGGAAAAUUGCCCUCAAAUACAAAGUAAAACAAAGCAAAAACUUUAAAUUUACUUCCAACUAUAAGGCUAGCCCUAUCGAUUUUGAAACGCAAAUUUCCCUACGUACAUAAGCCCCUCCCAAUAUAAGCCCCUCCAACAAUAAGCCCCUCGAAAAGGGCCUUUGAAAAAUAUAAGCCCUGGGCUUAUUUUCGAAAUUUUACGGUAUAUGGAGAUAAAAUACACAAAAACAUUGAAUAACGUUUUGAAUCAAAAUGUUAAUGUGACAAAACAAGCAGUGUUCUCAACAUUUGCUAUACGUAUUGUAGACAAGUUAUGCUUACUGCAGCAGUAUAAAUCACACACAAGUAAAAUACGAUUGCUGUGAUUAAUCAUCAACACACCACACAGAUUAAAUUUCAUGACCAGUAUUGACCUUUUCAUCAGUUGCUGAAAAAAACUGGCCGUUGUUCAGAGGUGGCUGUUUGUGGAGGUUCAAUAUUACAUAACGUAAAUUAAUUGCUCCUUAUGAUGCUUUACAAUCUUUUUGCAGGAGAAAACAGAAGCUGAGAAACACAGCAAAAAAGAUAAGGAGCUUCUUCAAAGAGUAAGUCCUAAAAACUGCAAUCAGAGUUGAUUUUUACUAUGACCAAGCAGUACACCAUCCUCGGAGACCCAGGGCGGUCAGUCGUACACGACCACUAUUAUUUUGCAACAGUUGCCCGGUUCGUUCACCAAGCUUUCCUAAUCAGAAACGAAGGAAUUACUGAUGAGUCGAAAAACGUUCCGGAUGCUAUCAGCAGGAGCAAUUCAAUUUGCACUGAGACAAUUCUGCUUCUGACGCAUCACAAUUAAAUAAUGAAAAAGAGUGUAAAGAUGUAGCGGCGACAAGAAAGUAUUACAAAAAGCAAUAGCUUGACGAGGCAAAACAACACCUUUGCACGUGCAUCAAGCUUUUUUGUACAUUCCUGUGCCGUCACUACACGACUACCACGUCAAAAUGGCUAUUUUUACGUUCUGGGAAGGACGUGAACAAGCAACAUGACAAAAUUUUCUUUUUCUCUAUGAACUUGGAUAUGGUUGAUAGAAAUUCAGCUCCAGAAGAGUUUGCUUGCACUUGACAAAGUAAGCGAGUUGGAAUAAUCACGAUAAAGACUGAAAAAAAGCAAAUUCACUUUUCAUGCGACGUUUUCGUGUCAGCUGUCAUGGCAUCUUUAACUCCGUAAUAUAUAUGAAGGCAUGAUCGAGGCAAGUGUGAAUACCUGUUGUAAGCUCAAGCUUGUAUUUUUGGAAAAGGAUCUGUAGUUUUCGGGUAGACAGUAUUUUGAAAUGGAGAGUUUAUAUCAAAUUGAAAGUUUCCUGACUGCAUGCAAUUCUUUGGUGCAUGAGCCAGACAAGCUGUGAUCGAGUCAAUAGUGGUCAUGUACGAACUCACGAAAAGAACUCAGGAGAUGCUGUUUGUCGAUUGGGCACAAUAAUACAAAGCGUUUUUUGUGCCCAAUCAGGAGCCAGCAUUUGCUUGACCAUUUGGAAAUGGUCUGAUGACAAUCGGUACCCAGGGGCUUUUCCGCCUGUGCUUGAAAACUUUCGUCGCGCCUUUUCUCCCGGCCCGACUGACCCCCCCCCGGGUCUCCGAGGAUGGCAGCACACUCACCGUAUUUUCUCCAAUAAUGGCCAGGGGUGUUCAUUGAUUUUUUUUUCUGCACCAGAAGGGAGCGAUUAUUCGAGGGAAGGAGAUGGUUUCCAAUAUUGCUCAUAGGAAGUUGUGAUCGAUCCAAAUGUUUUGUUUUAUUUUCCCGUUAAUUAACCCAUUCGCCCCUGAACCGCCCGUAACCGCCCGUGCCUAUCCAGGUCCUCUCUACCCUUUGUGACGUCAUCAGUUUUAACGGUCAAGGACAACCUUCUUCGCUAACUUGUGCAGAGUGAAGAGAUCUUUCAAACCAUACCAGAAUGAGCACAAUUUAGUCAAGGACACCGGAGAAAGAAGCAAAAAACCACGUGACAAGGACCUGAAAAUCUCCAUGAAAAUCUUGUUCCAUUACCCACCUACCUUUCCUUUCACCUAAUCCUAAGACCCUAAAAGCUUUCCUAAAAACUCUUCCCACCAAAAUGAAGCCUACUAAAUGCCCAGCAACAGAAAAAAAAAAUGAGGCAAGAAAAGCGAAAAAAGAAGGGAGGAGAGAAAGCGAAAAGUAAAAGUCAAGACUGCUGUGUCACUUUUAAACCCAAAAACUAUGUCGAAAUUUUGCUUUCUGCGCAUGCCCGAACUUCGCAAGCUGAUACUUUGCAUCUGGAUCAGAAGGCCGCCAAGUGUACGACCUGUAAACCGGUUUGUGGUAAGUUUUAGCUCUUUAUAGCACGACAGUGACCAGAAAACCACUCGACUAGCUUCAAAACGCGUUUUUCGGCAAAAUCUCCAGGAGCGAAUGGGUUAAAAAAUAAAAUAACCACAUCAAAUAAAAUAAACAUGGGCAUUUUUAGUGUUCCAAAUUUAGUUCCUUGAUUAAUUUUCAGUGUCAAUAUCUUGGUUGUCAGACCGGAUGUUGAAUUGUCACUGAUCAGUUUUGCUUAUUGUAAGUGCAAUUCGAAAUAUUAAACUCGAUAAAACGGCUUCCAAAUGGUUCCAGAAGUGAACAGACAGUAAAACACAACACAAACACAAGUUGAGUCAUUUUAUUGCAAAUUCUUUCAAAAAUUGUAAGUUAGACGGUAUUUUGCUUGUUUUCAUGCAUUUUUGUAUCAUAAAAUUCAAAUUCCAACAAACUCCCAUAUAGAGUCUGGGCUGCCUGUGUUGUAAACUGGCCAAUGUAAAGACCCAUUAAAUCACAAAUAACUUGUGAUUAUAUGACUCCUUUGGUAUUUAGAUGUUUGUUUUUAAGAGCACAGAAAGCCAGACAUUUAAACUCACCACUAGCAGCUGUGACAGUAUUAGUACUGUUGUAAACGGGAGUUGAUUUCGUGGCCAACAGAUAAGUGUCGACUGCUUGAGUAUCUCUAGACUUGGCCGGUUUCGGGCUAUCAGUAUUCUAAGGGACUUGUAAACACUCAAGUCCUGAUCACAUUCAUAUUCAUCGUUUAUUGCUAAAUCAAGGUACUUUUAUACAUAUUGGUAGCUAAAUCAUACGUGGGAAAAUAUCGUAGGGAAUACGUGUGGUUUCCUUUCUAGUAAACACCCUAAUUCGAUUGAAAGCUUAAAACACUAUUACACCUACAUUACUUACGUAAAUCCUGAGCGGCUAGGUUUGAGUAAUCAUUCCAUCCUACACAAAAUCCUAUCAGUUUAAAGGGUGUAGCUUGUAGCUUUUACGCUAUUCCGAUCGGAAGGCACAUCUAACUAUCUACUUUACACGCUGCACAUUUUUGCACGCUUGUUUACACAAUAGGGAUCAUAUUUCCGGUUCCUAUCAAGCUAGUAAUUGAUCUAUUGUUCACUUAAGAUUAACUAGUCACGAUUCAUUGUACAAAGUGUCACGAAUUCUUUAACUUUACUACACUAUCCCCCCCUUAGAAAAGGGCAUGUCCCCAUGCCAUGCAACAAAGGAAAGGAAAACUACUGGAUUCUAAAGCAAAAUAUAAAUCACUGGGUGUACAGCCACUAUAAAAAAAUAUCAACUCUGAAUGCAGCUACAGUAAGAAAAUUAAUCAAAGUUCAUUCAAAAAUUAAGAAACAAAGUCUCUCAUCCAAGCAGGAGCAUGAACUUCUCUUCUUGGUCUGUCUACGACAGGGGGAGGCACUACUUCAGCUACUGGUUCUGGAGCUGGCAUUUCUGCCUCUGUGGAGUCCUCUUCCUCAGCUCUUGCUGAUGUCUCGUUCCCGUCAGCUGCAGUACCGUCUGCAUACAUGAGGUCAGUCUCAUCCGGAACAUAGCGAGGGGGAAGAUGAGGUCUCCGCACUGGCAAACUGGAUGGCUGGCCAGUAGGCUGAUCAGGUUGCUGGGCCCUCUGUCGUGGCUCGCCACACAGCUUCAGUCGAUUGAAGUGCACAACUCGCCGUUUUCUGGGGUUGUCCACUUCUUCUAUCCGGUACGUUACAUCGCUGAUCUUCUUUACCACCACGUGUGGACCAUGCCAUGGCGAAUGCAACUUCUUUGUCCGUCCUGACUUGAUUACAGGAAAAUGAAGGUACACAUGAUCUCCAACCUUUAUCUCGUCUCCAGCAACGCGGCGGUCAUAGUAGUCCUUCUGUCUUCUCUGGGCAGUCUUCAGGUGUUCUCUAGCUCUCUCAUGGGCUUCUUCGAGGGUGGAUCUGAGGUUCCUUGCGUACUCAGAGGCUGCUUCCGGCUGAUGAGGUUCACGACCAUACAUAACAUCCAAGGGCAACCGUACCUCAUGUCCAAACAACAGGUAGUGGGGUGUGUACUGGGUAGAGGAAUGGACACUGGACCGGUAUGCCAUCAUCACCAUGGGUAGGUGAACAUCCCAGUCACGCUGGUGCUCGGCGACGUAUUUUGCCAGCAUGUCCUGUAUCGUACGGUUCAUGCGCUCAACCAUGCCAUCACUCUGUGGGUGGUAUGGAGUUGUUCUCGUUUUCUCGAUACUGAAGAGGUUACACAUUUCCUUAAACAGCUGGGCUUCAAAGUUCCGGCCCUGGUCAGUGUGGAUACGCUCAGGUGCCCCGAACCUGGAAAUAACCUCGUUCACCAGCUUUUCUGCGACUGUCUUUGCCUCUUGAUUCGGGAGUGGGAAUGCCUCGGUCCACUUCGUGAAGUAGUCUCCAACAACCAGAAUGUACUUCUGACCAGAUUCUGUUGUUGGUAGGGGACCCAUGAUGUCCAAAGCAAUCCUCUCAAAUGGGUAACCGGGACAGCUGCUGACAGGGGUGCUCUUCCUGGCUGCUGUGGGGACUUCCUCCUCGAGCACUUUUUCGCACUGUUGGCACCAAUCUUCGAUGUCAUGCUGCUGACCAUACCAGUAGAAGCGUUCUCUCACUCGCUCCAAGGUCUUGGUUACUCCCAGGUGGCCAGCUGAGGGUGCAUCGUGAAGGGCGGAAAGGACUUCGGAUACCAUAGACCUGGGAAGUACUAACUGCAGCCCGCGUGCCAUGACCAUCAUCUGUUUCCCACCGGCGGUAAAGGACACCAUUCUCCAACUGCAACCUGUUCCAUUGUGCCCACAAGCUCCUGGUUGCCUUACUGGUUCCUUCUAUCUCCUGGAAAGUCGGUUGGCUGGUCUGGUUCUGCUUCCAAGCCAAGAUCUUCUUCAAGUCAGGAUCCGCCGCUUGACUGGAUCGCAGGUUGGUCACUGUCCAACUGGGUACCCAGGUACUGGUGCUGCUGCCCACUGCAUUGGUCUGGGUUAUCUGGUCAGUGUCCUCAGCAACCACCAGGGGUUUUUCUAAAGCGCGUCAGCAUUCUGGUGUUUUCGUCCUGGUCGGUGUUCAAUCUUGUAGUCGUACUGGGCCAACAACUCGAGCCACCUGGCCACCUGUCCCUCGGGUUCCUUAAAGCUCUGAAGCCACUUCAGUGCGUUGUGGUCUGUUCUGACAGUAAACGGUCUUCCAUACAGGUAAUGGCGGAAGUGUCUGAUUGCGUAAACCAUAGCAAGCAUCUCUUUCUUGGUAGUGCUGUAUCGGCGCUCACGAUUGUCCAGCACCACGACUUGCAUACGCGAUCACUCUCUCACUCCCGUCCUGCUCUUGAGAAAUAACUGCUCCGAGGCCAUAGUCACUCGCAUCACAGUCCACAAUGAACUUUGCGUCACUUGGGAAAGGCCAGUACAGGAGCUGUCACCAAUUUCUCUUUCAGGCUACGGAAGGCCCUGUCGCACUCUGAAGACUACUGGAAUCUUUCAAUGGAUUUUGCUGUCAGGCGAUGCAAAGGGGAUGCAAUCUCUGCAAAGUCCUCGAUGAACCUGCGGUAGUACGAGGCCAGACCCAGGAAACUUCUUACAUCGGACACAUUGGAGGGGGUAGGCCACUGCUCCACCGCUCUUAUCUUGUCUGGAUCAGUACUCACACCAUCUGCUGAGAUCACAUGGCCAAGAAAAGGGACUUUCGGUCGCAACAGGAAGCACUUUGAGGGUUUCAGCUUCAGCCCUGCCUGGCGGAAUCGCUCGAAAACUUCUCGUAGCCGCACCAGGUGUUCCUCAAAGUCUCGACCAAACACAAUAACAUCGUCCAGGUAGACCAGGCACGUCUGCCACUGCAGUCCAGCAAGAACAAAUUCCAUAAGCCUCUGAAAGCGUACUUGGCGCAUUACAGAGACCAAAGGCCAUUACCUGGAAUUCAAAGAGGCCAUGACGGGUCGUGAAUGCUGUCUUCUCACGGUCAGCACCCUCCAUCUCGACCUGCCAAUAACCGCUGGCAAGAUCCCACGUACUGAACAGUUUCGCACCUGCUAGGGGCGUCUAAGGUCUCAUCGAUUCGGCGGAAGUGGGUAGGCGUCCUUCCUGGUCACAUCAUUCAGCUUGCGGUAGUCCACACAGAAACGCAGUACCACCAUCUUUCUUCUUGACCAGAACUAUGGGUGAGGCCCACGGGCUAGUAGAUGGACGUACAACCCCAUUCUGCAACAUGUCUUCCACGUGCUGGCGUACAACCUCCUGCUGGUGCAAUGGUACCCGCCUUGGCGCUUGCUUUAUAGGAGGGGAGUCACCUGUAUUGAUUUGGUGCUUUACCACGCCGGUUCUACCGAGGUCUGCUGGUCCAGAUGAAAAGAUGUCUGCAUACUCAUCUAAGGCGUUUUCAGUGCAGUCCUCUGCCCGCCAGUCAGGUCUAGAGAGUCAAGGUCAAAUUUACUGGACACCUUUGGCUGCGUCGUACUACGAGGCGCUGCAGGCGUAACGUGAUUACACUCAGGGGGUCAGGGCUGCUUUCCUCCAACUCACUGAGGGUACCAACUGAGGUGUUCUUGUACAGGGUAACAGGCAUUGGUGACGGGUUGACCAGGCGGAUAGGUACUGUGUUGUUCUUAGGGUGGGCUACCACACGAGCAAGCAAAAGAUCGUGUUGUUUGGCAAAACUUGGAGAUGGUUCCACUAGACCUAACAAACCAUCACCACAACCAGCCCCCUUAACCUUAGCAUGCAACACUAUUUCAUGACGUCCAGGAACAACCACAGUCUCCGCUAAACUUAUCCUAAAAACUUUGUUACCACCACUCUUAGCCUGAAGGUUAACAAUUUUGCUCCCAAUACUUAGUGACUUAGCCUCAAAAUCAAUUUUGCAACCAUGUUUACCUAAGAAAUCUAUACCUAGUAAACAAUCCUGGGUAACAUCUGCAGCAACUAAAACUGAAUGAACAACAUUCACCCCAUCAACGCAAAUUUCCAGGUCACACUUGCCCCUAAUAUCCAAAGGUUGGCCAUUCGCUGAAACCACUGGUUCACCAACCACACUUAACCUAAAAUUUUGGGGGGACCUGUUAAGCACCCGCUGAUGCACAAGAGUCACUGCCGACCCAGUGUCGACCAACAUGUCAAUAGGUUGCCCUGCCACUAGCCCUGCUACAUACACAGCAGUGUCACUAGAAACACUAUGAAUACUUGAAAACGAGUUUGCUACAACUUUAGUUUCUACUUUCUUACUUAAAUUAUUCUCCGAUACAUUUCGGGUCUCUCCGAUUUCCCCGACCGACGCUUGACCCGCGGCGCCGAUCACUUGGAGUUUCCCUGCUGAUCCCGUGCUGGUUGAGGACAAUCGGCAAUGUAAUGGCCCCGUUUGUGGCACCUAAAACAACGGCGUUGUAUUCGAUCUUUUGUAUUCGGCCCCAGUCCCCGACCGUUUUGUUUACGUUCGCUCUCGCCCGAAGUUGAAGGCGGCUGCCGCUGUUGCUGGUGUUGCUGGACGAAGUGAACCAUCUGAUUCAUGGCGGCUGUGUUCUGUUUGAGGAGUUCUGCAAAUGCACUGCGCUCAUCCUGGGCUGGUUCUUGUAUUACUCGGACAGACCGACCCUUAGUCCGCCGAGACUCCGCUUCGUACAUUGCCUCGAUUUGCAAGGCUCGACUGACCGCUUCAUCGAGCGUUUUUGGACCCGAUUCUCGGAUCUUCAUCCGUAUUUCCCGGUCCUCCAACGCGUCGAUAAAUUGAUCCUUCGCAAGGCUGUCUUGCAAAUCAGGAAUCGCCUCGGGAUACGCUUUACCGACGAGUCGUCGCAGCGAACUAGCGAGAUCCGGUAGCUUCUCGUCCCGUUCCCGGCGUCUUGCACGAAACUCCGCCUUGUGGAGCUCGAUCCGUUCUUUCGGCACAAAUUUUUCGCGAAGUGCUCUUUUUAAACCCGUAUAAUCUCCCCGCACGUCCGGUGAUAAACUCUGUAGUUGGAGCAACGCGGCCCCACGCAUACGAACAGCGAGAAACUGAGCUUUACGCGCGUCGUUCCACUCGUUUAUCACGGCGCAAUCUUCGAAAUGGGAAAGCCACGAGUCCCAUUCUUCGUUCCCGGCCGCCGAAAAUGCCUCCGGCAUAACUAUUGGCCUAUUACUACUAGUUGCCGCUUGUGCAGUAGCGCCUGAGCUAGGGGCAGGAGUUUCUCCGUCGGGAUUAACCAUAAUAAAAUUUAAUCAAUUACGUACACAAGAAUAGCGAUAACCCAAAACACAACCAAGCCAGUACAAGUCCCGCAAACCCAAUUGCGACAAACAGCUUCCCGACAACUUAUCAACUACAAACAAGCUCUACUUAUCUCCAAGAAUCGCCAAACUUCUCGAUCCUUGUAGAACUGAUCCACGAAGACUUGAAUUCGAUCCCGCCGCUUGCCACCAGUGUUGUAAACGGGAGUUGAUUUCGUGGCCAACAGAUAAGUGUCGACUGCUUGAGUAUCUCUAGACUUGGCCGGUUUCGGGCUAUCAGUAUUCUAAGGGACUUGUAAACACUCAAGUCCUGAUCACAUUCAUAUUCAUCGUUUAUUGCUAAAUCAAGGUACUUUUAUACAUAUUGGUAGCUAAAUCAUACGUGGGAAAAUAUCGUAGGGAAUACGUGUGGUUUCCUUUCUAGUAAACACCCUAAUUCGAUUGAAAGCUUAAAACACUAUUACACCUACAUUACUUACGUAAAUCCUGAGCGGCUAGGUUUGAGUAAUCAUUCCAUCCUACACAAAAUCCUAUCAGUUUAAAGGGUGUAGCUUGUAGCUUUUACGCUAUUCCGAUCGGAAGGCACAUCUAACUAUCUACUUUACACGCUGCACAUUUUUGCACGCUUGUUUACACAAUAGGGAUCAUAUUUCCGGUUCCUAUCAAGCUAGUAAUUGAUCUAUUGUUCACUUAAGAUUAACUAGUCACGAUUCAUUGUACAAAGUGUCACGAAUUCUUUAACUUUACUACAGUACUUUUUUGGAAGGGAAAAAUGUGCUCUUCAGUUAACAUGUUUGUUGUUACGUAAACUCUGUUGUGACUCUAAUCAAUAAAUUUUUUUAUAAUUUAUUUUUAGUUUAAAUUUUAGCUGUCACAAUCUUAUUAUCAUACAUGACAAUUCCCGAAAACAAGUGAAAUAAAAUUUAAACCUUGGCAAGUAGGAUAUUGAACCACGUACAGCAACUAAAAUAGUGCCUUUUUUACUUUUUUUAAACAGAUGUUAACAGAAUAUGAUGUUUUAGUUAAAGAUCACCAAGAAGCACAGGUAAGUUUUAGAGUAUUUUAAGUUAACUUUAGGUUUGCGAUUAAAGUCAAAUGUUCUAGAUAAUAAUGGACAUCCAGGGGUGAGAGUCAAUUGGCUACAUUAUAGAAGUGUCUGUUAUAUAGAGGUAAGGUUUUCUAUUAAGCUUGGUGUCUUUGGGACUGUUAAUACAACUGUCCGUGAUUGAGAGGUGCCUGUAUUAUAGAGAUAUUUUUUAUGUAAUAAGUUAGGUAUCCAGGGCUGUCAACCUCCCAUGUGUUCAAAUAUUGAGAAUUGAUAAGAAAGGGGUGAUAGAUGAUGUCAAAAUGUACAAUACGUGACAUCAUUCGUGCAAAAAAUACUUGUUGAUUCCAAUCGUCACAAAUUUGCGAUGACCACAAAAUGCAAGUAAAAGAUGUUGUUGGCUUUGUAACUUUGACCUGAUUGGUUUACUUCCCAGCAAUCACAUUGUUGCUUAUAUUACAAUGGCAUACUGGAGUUUGUGAGGAAACGUUCAAUGUUAACAUUAAAAUAGCUCAAACAAAGCAAAAUAGUUGAAAUUUUAUUGUUGGAAAGUCGAGUCUACUGAAGAAACGGCAAACUUCGAUGAUUAUCCAGGAGAUUUCAUACUCUAAUCUGGAGACCGGGAGAUACGUUCCAACUAAAAUCUGGUGUCUCCUGUAUUAUCUGGGAGAGUUGACAGCACUUGGUAUCUUGGGACCAAGAGAACUGUUUGGAAUAUAGAGAUGGUGGUAUCAUCAGGGUUGUCAUUAAGAGCCGGGGGCCAGGGAUUUUCCCCGGCUACUAAGAGAGUGGCCCCCGGCUACUUUUAUUGGAAAAUAGAAGGAAAAUAGAACCAAAAGAAAUCCCUAGCCGUUUGAUUCCCCACCUACUUGUUGUAUUUACCCGGCGACUUGAAAUCUUAGUGACAACCCUGAUCAUGGAGCUGAGGUGGAGGUUCAGGAACUAUAGAAGAGGUUUGACUGUCGGUGUUGUUUUAUUAAGAUUCUGAGAGAGAAGGAGAUACAAAAGAAUUGUAUUAAAUAACACAAGAUGGUGUUCUUUGUUGUUAAUUUCAUUUAACUGCAUUUUAAAUGUCAUAGUGAUAUUAAAACUUGACACUUUUCAGCGAGAUGGCAAAGGGUUAGCACAUGAAAUGUUUUUUUGCUUAACUUUUUCCAAGCAAUUUUAUAGUCUUUUUUUUGUAGCACCUAAUUCAAUUAUUUUGUUUUCCCAGUACUUUGCAAAAAUUUUCGUCACCAUUAUUGUGAAUUGAAUGGAACCAGGCUCAUCUGAAGAGACUUUUAACAGCUAUUUUAUAGUGUGUUGAAGCAGAUGUGAUCAGCAAAGCAAGGCUUUGAGACAUUCAAAUGAAAUUUGAAUAAAAUCAUCUUCACUAAUCCAUAAAUAUAAUAAUUAAUUAUUAUUAUUCUACUAAGUGCUAUAAAAUAAUUAUAUUAAAAUUAAAAGCUGUGACUGAUAAUAUUAUUUACUUUUAACAGGAGUACGUAAAGUCUAUGCAUGAUAAACUCGAGUUGUCACAAAGUGAGAUGGCAAAUCUGAGGGAGUAAGUUCACUGUUGUUAAUAGAGAGCUUUAGGUUUGAGGACAAGAACGAGUAUGAGUAUGAGAUUUAACGUAAAGUUUUUGGGCAUGUUCUAAAAGAAAGACUCUCCAGAAAGCUUCAGUUUACUUUUUUUCACCAAAAUAGUUAGUACGGUUAUUUAUACUGAAGGAGGUUAAACCCUCUCCCAAUAGCAAAAUGAUAAAACUUCUUACAUUUGAUAACUUGUUCCCGCCACUACGACAUUCUCGCUAAAACUCGUAGUAGAAUUAGGAUUGCUAUCAUGUUUUCCUGCUAAAAUGAUGCUGAUUCACGCAUGAGCAAUAAUCAGUAUUGAGAAAAUCUCGUACUGGUAGUCGUCCUCGUCUCAGAAUUUAAAGCUCUCCAUUGCAUUAUUGGAAAAUAUUGAAUGACUCCCAUAUCAUGCAAAACUGACAAGGGAAAGAACUUAGAAACAAAUAAGGGCAUUUUUUUUUUUCAUUAUUGGAAUGGUUAGUAGAAAAAACAAACAGUCAAGUCAAGUCAUUUUAAUUUAAUUCACACAAAUAUUUACAGAUACCUGCCACUGUUAUCUGUAAAUAACAACUGACUAAUAACUUUCAUACUUGCCAUUUUUUAAGUCAAUGUGGAGCUGAAGCAACCACGACCAUGACAGGGUCAAAAACAAUUGGUUUUAUGAGCAAAACAACAGUCUGCAUGUGCAUCACAACUUUUAAAACAUUUCUUUGACAUCCACUGCACGACUACAACAUGAAACCAACGUUUUAUGAAGGCUGCGAACAUACCGCUGCGACUUUUCCUUUCUCUUUUUGAACCUGUAUAAAGUCCUUAAGAGUACAACUCCAGGAAACAGAAGGUCGCCUACAUUUGGCAAAUUGAGCGGGUCUAAAUAGACACGGUAAAGUUUGAAAGGAUGCAAAUUAAUUUUUUAGCGACGUUUGUGCUGCUGUCUUCAUCAUCGUCGUUAAACUCCCUAAUAAUGUUGCACCUACUACUUUGUGUGACCUAAUAAAGCUGAGAUACUCCUCAUUCACUCUCAGAACUGGAUCUUCCAAAGGUAAAUUCGACCAUCUAUGGCCUAAAGUUGUAGUGCAUUAAAAUAAUAAAUUGUAGGACAAUUUACCAGUUGGCUUUCUUUUCUAUAUUUAUUUGUAUGUUAUUCAUUGUUUUCUCUUGCUUUCAGGACCAUAUCAAAACUAGUUUCAAGAGGUAAUACUAAGGAGGAUGUAGCAAAGGAGCAUAGUUACGUCCAAGAAAACAGGUUUGCAUAUUAAAUCUAUUUAUAAUAAUGGUUUCAAUACUUGUACAUGCAGCGGAUGAGUAGCUACUUAACAGUUUUUUUUCCAUUUUAACCCUUUAAGUCCCAAUAGUGACCAACAGCAAUUUUCUCCUAACGAUAUCCAUACAUGGUCAUGAGAUGAGGUUAUGAGAAUUAAUAAAAUGAUCACCCAGGAGAAAAUACUUUGAUCGUUUAUCAAAUUCUCUUAACUAAUUCUUAAAGGAAAUGUAUAGAGAUCAGUUUGGAGAAUUUGUAUGUGGAUAUGGGGGCUUAAAGGGUUAAGUAGACAGAGGUUCCUGAAAAAUACAGGCUCCAGUUGUUCAAAAGUUGGAUAGUGCUAUCCACAGGAUAAAUCGCUAUCUGGCAGAUAAGUGUUAAGGGAAAUCAAUUGCAUCAUCUAUUGGAUAGAGAUUUAUCCACUAUCCAGUGGAUAGCGUUAUCCACCUUUGGAACAACUGGGCCCAGAUGUAGACAGCAUCCAAAUGACCCACCCUUUUUGUGGUGGGGGUCUGGGAGCUGAGAAAUGUGUUUCAUAGGCAUUUUUGAACCAGGAAACUCAGAUAUUAGAUGGGUUACCUAAACCAGAAUUAAGUUGUCAAAAUAAUUUUAGAUAUGUUACAAUUUUGAACAGCACAUAGAGGCGAAUGUAGUGUGUCUACCAAACCCAGUGAUUAGUGUGACAAAGUUUUGUUUUAUCACUGUGGCUCACUAGUAAUAUUAUCAGAUGUUAGAUGUCAGAACAUUUUGUCCAGGAUAACUGCUUUAGUUUUAGAGAAAACUGCUGUCAAUGCAGCUCCUUUCCAAAAGACCUUUUUAGUACAUGCACUUUUCCAAGCAAACAAUCCUUCAGAUGUCUACUUCCUUUUUUGUUUGUCUUGUUUCACUUCAAAUUAUACCUGCUUGUUAACACUCGAAAACUUCUAAAUUUUCUUGUGGCAGACGACAAAUUUCACAAUACCUUCUUCCAAGCCACUAAAGCAAGAUUUUUUAAACAAAGCAGCUGUAAUCAUUAUGUUUCUUAACUGUCCCUGGGCAGUGUCAAAAGGUCUUUUAUGUGUUUAGCUAUAACAGGUAGCUCAAACAUUGAUGACAAUAACAGCUGUGAAAACGUCACUAAAGAAUGAAUUUGUGUCCUUUCAAACUUAGUUGUGCCUAUUUAGAUCCACCCAAAAAAUGCGAAAGGAGGUUUCACGUCAUAGUGUUGCAGUGGAUGUUAAAGAAAUGUACUAAAAAGUGUAAUACACUUGUGGAGCUGUUGUUUUGCUGACAUAAAACCAAUAGUUUUCUGAUGUUGUUGUUGUCAUCGAGGAUGCUUAAGCUCCCUAACUUGUUAUUUCUUAUUUCUUCUUCUUACUAUUCUUAUUUCUACCAAGCCCAGCUAAGUUUAAUACACAGUUGACAGUUUCUCAUUGUGAAAGAUUGUAGCCGGCAAACUUAAUACAACCAUGAUUAAACAAUUGUUUGUUUUUUCUUUUUUUUUUUUUAUCAAGUCACAUUGAACAGUCCACGGGUAAAAAUAAACUAUUUACUGGACGGAAAACUUGGGAACAAUCAACUCCCAUAAAAAAGCGAGAUAUUCAGAAAGCAGACCAGAGCCAACUUCCUUCAUCCUAUACAAGCCCAGAAAUUCCAAGAGAUGUACCGAGCUCUGAACUGGCAGCCAGCUGUCAUCCAUAUGCCACUUCGCCGAUACAUUCUGGCAGUCCAGCUGUAGCAGAUGUUUUGAAAAUUCCAUCAUGCCCUACAAAAAAGCAAGAUUUGUCAUCUAAUGGGUAUUUAUGUUUAAGUUUUAAUUAUAUAUUUUUUUUGGUUGUUCCUGCUUAAAUAUUUGCAGGCCGGUUGAAGUAUUUACUUUGUAGCUUUGUCCCAAAUUUAAAAUAUGGUACAAGCAGAGCUAAAGAUAGCCUGAAUUUCAGCUGUCUCCUUAAGUCGCAAACUCAGGCUAAGCUAAAAAAAUAAUGCUUAGGUAUGAAGUGAUCUUGAAAUCUUAGUCUGGGUAAAUUAAGAAAAGUAGAUGGUGACAGGAAGAAUUAUGUAUUAUUUCAAAACCAGACUGUGGUCCCUGCUGCCAACAACAUUGGUUUAUAGUGCGCUACCAUAUUAUGCCUCGUUAAGUGACCAUUUGAUGGAGGUGCCUACAUAAUUAUGCCAUGAAUUAAGCAAAAAAUUGAAAAAAACCAUAAUCUCUAAAUUACUAUCCUAUGACCUAUGUUGGCAAAACAAAACUUAUUUAAGAUGAGGUCAGUUUUCUGGGUAGGCUAUAAAUUAUAACAUUAUUGUUAAGCUGAUUCUUAUAUUUCAAUUCAUCAAGACUCAAGUCCUCAACCCCCUCCAGUCAGGGUAAAAGUGGUCAAACAAAACCUGUCACAAGUAAAGAAAGUCCGGACACUGUAAUGCCAGCACCUUGUACUGUUGCAGGAGGAAUGGUAGUCAAGAAAACUGAUCUUCUUACCAGGUUGGAAAUCAAAAUCAUUGAAAUAGAGUACAAUAUGCAUGUUUGGUUGGUCUUUAUUGUUUUGCUUUGUGAUUGGUUAUAGACUAGCCUAAGGGACGGACCAUUAGAAAUAUUAUGGGGGGGGGGGAAUUUUCGAGCCGCAGGAAUUUUUUUUCGUUAUCAAAUUCCUUGUAUGAAUUUUUUUUAGGCCAUAGCAUGAAUAUUUUUUAGGAUUAAUUGGCGUGCAUGAAUUUUUUUUCAUUUAAUUUUCCCUUGCACAAAUAUUUUUUUUUUUUUGUACGUCGCCCGCCCCCCCAUAAGUUUUCUAAUGGUCCGUCCCAAAGUAGAAAUGGGAAGGGGAUCAGGAGGAAGUCACCGUGAAAAGAAAAGGCGUGUCCGGUAGCCCAGGAUUAGUGGAUUUUGCUAACGGGCUGAUGAAUUCUGUUCUUAAGUUGAGGGAAGUUUUGGGGGGAAAUUCAAAUUACAGAAGAACUGUCAUCAAUUCUGCUUAUCAAAAAAAAAUUUUAAUGACUCUUGGGUUAGUACAUUCUAGCUAAAACUGACUUUCUUUGCACACUGCUUACCAAGUAGUAAUAGAUGAUAGUGCUGAUCAUCAUCAUCAUCGUCGUCAUCAUCAGCAUCGCCAUCAUUAUCUUGGCUACCGAUUCUUUCAUUUCUUAUGUUGUUUUAUCUUUGCGCAUAAAGGUUUGACGUGGUCUUUGAAGAUACUAAAUCAGGUGAAGAAAUGAUUCGCACUCACACCGGAAGGACCCGCCGCCUCUAUGGUGAACCCGCCCAAACAGAGUCUAGUUUUCUAGCAGCUGGCGAUGAAGCCGCUGGCGGUUUUCCAGAGUCAGAGUUUACUGGUGCACACGAUGCGAGACUGUUAGCAGUAGAAGAUUAUGACAGGACAAUUUCUGAACCAAGAAGGACCAAGGAUAAACAAAGUGGGUGGUGGUGACCUGUAUCGAUUCUUUCUGGGUGUCAGUAAAACACCAACUUGGGCUUGAGGCAACCCCAUCUACCCCGGGCUAGAGGUUGGGUUUGCCGUUGUUAACCAUUGUCUUUUUGUUUUUGCACAAGUUCGGGGAAAAUUAUGGCGCCAGGGCCACUUUUUUCUCGUUCAAUGGCAGCUCUGCUACCAACAUUUUUCCUGAACUAGCACAAGUGAGCCUGCUUGCAGGCUGCUUUUUCUGUCUUUCUGUAAAGCUUUAACCAACACAUCAAAAUUAAAAGAAAGAAGAACAAAUGACUUCCUUGUUCCACUAUCUGAAUUUCAGCUAGUGGAGCAUGGGCGAAAUGAGAUUAAGCUAAAAAAAAAAAACCGGGCCACCACUUUUCAUUUUCACUCGCUCUAUGUUUUUUACCCGUGCUUCACUAUCUGAAGCGGGAAUCAGGGUACGGUUAUAUUUAUAGGAAGAAGUAUUUUUAACUCAUUUUGCGGUUUCUUAUCUACAUUUUUUGUUUCUUUAUCAUAGGCUUAUCAUUUUCUGAUAAAGCUUUUAAAAUAACAUCUCUGAAUAUUGAAAAAGCAGAACAAUAUUACUUAUCUCUGAAACUUUUUAACCCAAUAUACCAAGUAGUUUCGGAAGAAAUUCGUUAUUAAACACUCGAAAUGUAAUGGGCUCAUAAACGUAUUUGUCACCCAGCAAUGUGGCAGUAUUAGAUGCCUGAUAAUUCAUUUGAUGUUGCCUAAAAAGAGCUGAAAAUGGCACAAAUUGCUGAAGUAAAGCAGCUCUUUCAACUUUUGAACUUUAAAAUUUGUAUAUACGGUGAAGCCGUGGUGUUUAUCUAAAAAUGUCCUUGCCCUUGGCUAUUUAUACCUUUCCCGGCGGGAUAUAAGCCAUAUAGGUAUGUGCCCCCCAAGGGUAUGGUUUGUGCACCGUUUUGGUCUAAAAACGGGUAUAGACUUUGCCCAUUUAGGUCUGGAAUCGGGUAUAGUUUUCGAGGGAACUACGGGAAUGUAUGAGGCUAUCAAAUUAGAGGCUUUUAUAAAGACUGGAUUUAUAUGGAUAGUUUCUAGCAGGAAAACUGAAGGUUUUGAGCGUUGUUUUACAUUCUUGUCUGGUGAAGCGUGUCCUUACAGACUCUAUUAAUGAAUUGUUUAUUGCCGUUAUCGCAUCUUUUCUGUAUCCCUGCAUGAGUAAUGUCAGUAAUGAGUGGUGAAUUUGCACGCAACGCGGUUAAAUAUUUUAGCAGCUCAGCUUUUUUCUUAAAUUUGAUGUAAAAGUCUUCAUCGGAAUUUUAUUCACUCAAAAGUCCGAAUUCUUUUCAAUAUGAGAAAAUAAAGAGAAGCCCCAGACCAAAAUAAGUUGCUAAUUAUGCAUGCAGGAAUUUGAUAGUAGUAGCGACAAAGGCAAAGGGAUUCAAUUUUCAAAUAAUCAAUUCAUUAAUCUGACCUAUGGGGGUACAACUGUAAUAACACUGGACUUGUUCUUUUUACAGCAGUUACAUACAAUAUCGCCGAGAAGGAUCUGGGCACGAAAAGCAGCCAGGUGAGCCUCUAGAAUAAGUACAAUCAAAACUCUGUACAGCGGACACCCACGGGAGCGGCACUACUUGAGCUUGUGUACACGCGCCUGAACUCCGCCCCUCCCCCUCAGGAAAAAAAAACAACGGAGAAAGAGACAAGAGACGACGUCUCUCUUCCUGGAGGCAAAUUUUCUUAGGAUAGCAUUAAGUGUCCUAGUUAGAGAGGUGUCCAUCUGAAAAGUAAAAGAUGGGACCGACUGUGACCAACUCUAGAUGUCCGUGAGGAGAGUGAAUGCCAGAACGUGAGUGGAAAUGACAGGGACCAACUCUAGGUAUCCAUUUUAGUGAGUGGGGAGGGACGGGGGUUGUGGGGGGCGAGUGGAGAACGUUGCUUCUUUAGUUAUAUCAAGCAAGGACCAGCGUAACAUAGCGGAACCCCUUGAUCCCAAUAAAGGCCUUCAAAUCAGCUAGUGAAGUUAUAAGUAACAAGAUAAUGCGCAUGCAAGGAUGAUUUAACAUACCCUGCGAGCAAGUUCAACAGGAGACGCGAAAGUAGCCUGCGAAAACAGUCGACAUUUAGCGACGCCACCACUGGAUUCCCGCUAAAUGACGUCUGAGAAAUGAGUGUAGAAAUUCCAUAUUGAUAACGCGUCACUACCCAGAUCUGGGUAGUGAUGCGUCAUCAGUAUGGAAUUUUUGCGCUCGUUCUCAGACGUCAUUUUGCGGUAAAACCAGUGGUAGCGUCGCAAAAAGGAAGGCUUUCCAGGGACACUUUUUAUGCCAGUCAUAAAAAAUAAUAAAUAAUUCCGUUAUUUACUCUCGGUAGUAUUUAUAGCACUUAUGCUAGUGUGGCCGAGCAAAUGUCUGAAACAAAUAAUCUAAAUCAAACUUAACAGGGUUAACCUAGCGGUCAGAGUAGGACUUGAAUUCAGGGCCUCCAAAUUGCAAGUCCAGCGCUCUAACCGCUCGGUUCAGUAUAACGUGAAUCUCAUUAGCGUGCAUAUACAGUCGAACCUCGCUAUUUCGAACUCGGUUAAUUCGAAGUCCCCACUAUUUCGAAGGAAGAUCGAAUGCCCUUGGAUUUACCCUUCCCCUUUACGCUUCCCCGCUUAUUUCGAAGACCCGCUAUUUCGAACUUUUUUCCAUUUCCUUUGGGACUUCGAAAUAGCGGAGUUCGACUGUAUAUUGCCGAACAGAUAACCAAGCCUUUUUUAAGAUUGUGAAUACCUUUGUUGUGUGUUAAAUUUUUGUUGUUACUUAGACCGGAAGCAAGGAUCACACUGAAGAGAGUGAAAAUGACAUGCAUUUAAUGGAAAGAAAAUUUUCAAUGCUUACAGAGGAAAGAAAACGAGCAAGUGCUGUUUUUUGUGAUUUAACGCUCUCCAUCUUAGACUAGGUUAUGGCGUGAUGUUUUUGUCAGGAUAACUUUCCAAUCUGUGAGAGAAAUCCUAUGCUGUUACGCUUCUGUUGAAACCUUUCGCAGCACGUUUGUAUAAGACUAUUUAUUUCUUAGGAUGUAAAAAAAAGAAAUUUGAAUUUUCUUACAAUUUUUUUCUUUACCCACUAUCAAAAAGAAAGAGUUAAUGAAUUUUUUUUACUACAUUUCUUUUAUUUUCUUGACUCUCGUUAGUGAAACAUUGUUUUUGCCAUUCAAAAUUGAAAACUCCUAUACAGGGAUCAUAUCUUCAGCACACUAAAUAACAUCCCCAGGUUAAGGGGGCACUCAACAAAGUUUUAUACAGGAAGCUCCGAUCCGAGGUCCAACCCCUUGCCCUUUUACAUACUAUUUUUUGACCGAAAAGGUAUCCCUUUUGUAUAGCUUCUAUUGACAAAUGGUUCCUCUUUCACAUACAUACAAUACAACACUGCAUCCAUUUAACUGUUUGACUAGCCUAUCUUUUUAAUAAGCGUCGAACAAAAAGCCAAAACAGGAAGUUUUUGUGUCAUUUUCACGACGUCAAAUUGCGCAUAUUCAAAAAUGUUUGAAAUAGAAGCCUUUUAAGAAUACUGAAAUGACAUUGAGUUUUGUUUUCCUUUUCACAUCAAGUGGUGAAAUUCCUAUCCUAUACCUGCAGCCUGAAAAAUUACCCCUUCCGGAGGGGAGCCUCCCCGUAAAGGCUAAUAUAGGAAUUGGCCCCUCCUGGGUAAUAUCCCCUAUAUGUAAUAGCCUGGAACCAGGCUCCUCAGUGGGGACAAAGGCUAAAAAACGGGGUGAAACAGCCAAAAAAAAGCGGUUGACUAGAAAUUUUUUUUUUCGCCUUGUCUCCCCCACUGCGAAGCCUGGUCUCAGGCUAUAUUAACGUAAUGUCUCUGUUAAUACUGCAGCUUGAGUCUACUCUCAGCCGAAUUCCAACGCAGAGAAUGACGAAACGAUCAAAGGAGGACAAGGUAUUGUGAACGUGCUUUGUUUUUCUUCGAGGUUUAUUCAUACGAGGUUUGAGAAUCAUUGCGUCAAAGUUUGCGCACGUUUAUGCUAUGAAACAAUCUGCAAAGAUCUUUGUUUCUACUGAUUUGGGACCUUUUUGUGUUUUGUUUUUGUUUUGUUUGUUUGUUUGAAACCUCCCGCAAUGAGGGACUGUCCCUGGGCAAAAUUUAGACCGGAUAGCGAUGUCUAAAACUGUGCAAGCCUGCCCCUGAUUGACAACGAAGUGAAUAUAAAUCGUACUACGUAAAAGUUAGCUUUGCAAGACAUAAACACGACAUCUGGCUCUUGAUAGAACCCAAACAUCAUACUCCGGCCAAGAUAUCGCCGGUUAUUUAAAAGCGGAUCGAUUUACGCCAUGAAAUCCCUGGAGCCCUGAUGCUCCUGUUUACGCGAAAACAGCGUGUGGUAUGAGGAGAAACGGGGUUUCGCUGUUUUUUUCUCUCUCGCUUUUUAAUUUUCGCUGCUGGCCCGCUUUUUUCCGCUCGUCUUUACCGACCCAAAGCCUUACUUGCACAGGCUACGUGACGGGAAAAAAGAUACGUUAUCUCAGCCUUUAUCUUGCACUUCGAGUCUCCACUUCCUGACGCCUUGCUUCCUGAGUCUGAGCAGGUGUUGCAAAAACAAAAAUGCUCCGGAAGCAACUUAAUAAAGGCGAUGAAAAUAAAUAUCUGGAGACCUUCAAUCAAGCUGGUGUGACGGGUGUGUUUCAUUUGCGUAUUUAACUCUUGUCGCACCAAUGCUGGCAUCUUUUAUGCUCGUUGUAAAGGGACUACUUUUAAAAAAAUUUUCCUGUGUUUCAGGAGAGCCCAAGGUGCUAUGCAAUAAGAAUGGCCGGGGGGGUACUCGAUUAAAUAUUUGGGUAUAGGUUUGAAAUCCUGACCCUGUUUAGGACAAAAAAUUCCUUAAAUUCAUACCCUGUUUAGGACAACACCCUCCAUUUUAUUACCCUUUUUAGGACAAAGGACAAAAUGCACGCCGUGUUGUUUUGUAGGCAUUGCUGGCAGUUGCAGUACAGCAAAUUCACGUUAUGCAUGUAGUCAUUGCUUCUGUUUAAUUGGAGUACAAACAAAUUUCAUCCAGUGUUUAUGACGGGAUGGCACGAAAUUAUAUAACCUGGUUAGGACGGACAGAAAAGAGAAAAACCAUUCCCUGUCACGCGGCACAUCCCCGCAUUGGCCAUAUAACAACAACAACAACAAGUUUAUUCAGUAUUACCAUUUUGUACAGGUGUUACCGAUUAAAAUAACAAUAAUAAACAACUAAAUUUAAGGAAAUGAAGAUAUGAUGGAACGGUAGAAUAUAAGGAAGUCCUUCCCGGGGGAGAAUUGAGAGGGAGUGUUCUUGAGAUCUCUUGAGCGCGUAAGAUGAUAGGCGAGGUUUUCGGAGUCUCCCAGAUUGUGUAAAAAAGGCUCUCUAUUUCCUUUGUACAAGGUUUAUAUCGAUAUCGUUUUGAUUAUUCCUGCUGACCCUCGGGCUGACCCUUAGUCUUGUUUUCUUCAGGCUUAUCUCGAAAGCCGGCUUGAUGAAGUGGUCAAGGAGAUAGGAGCUGUCAGGAUGCAACUUCGAAGACAUCACGCCCUUUGAAAAAAGUACAAACUUGAAGUAUCACUUCGUCUGACCUUCACUGUGCAAGAAAGAAAGAAAACGUUUUGUUAAGCUUUUGAGGUGAAAGUAAAUCUAAAUGAUUUGUACUUCUGAUUAUAUUUUUAUACAUGCACUGUUUUGUAUUCAGAACUUGAACUGAUUGAAUUGAC